CUUUCGACUUGAGAAGCGACAUCGCGGCAAAAACUAUCUGCUGUCGGCGGUAUCGAUAUUUCCGUAUCGACCCGCACAUCAUUGCCCGGCGGGAAUAACAACUUUAAAAAAAACAAAAUAAAAAAACAAUAAGGACGCGAGGAGGAGGGGAAAAAAAGAGGAAGAAUGGUAGAGUGAGGGAGAGAGAGAGAGUAAACGGAACCCUUCCCACUUUUCCAAAGAGAGAGAGAGAGAGAGAGAGAGUGAUACACAGUUGGUCGGACUCCUCAUUGAUUAGUUCCCCAUCAGCGAUCGAUCACAACAGCAGACUGAUCAUCGGCGCAGGGAUCAUGCUCGCGUCUUCGAUCCUCAGACUCUAUGUGCUGUGGGCCUUUGUGGGGGUCGCGACCUCUGUGACCAAGCCCGCCCAGAGGAAGGUUUCCGGUCGGCGAUCAAGACAGGUGUUUGAGGCGGAGCCUGUGGAGGGGGUGUGGUCAUUCUGGGGGGAGUGGUCGGAGUGCACGCAGACAUGCGGCGUGGGCGUCUCACAAAGAACCAGGAAGUGUUUACCGCCUCCGCAAACCUCCCCCGUCGCUUUCCCGCAGCCCAGCUGGGCCGGGUAUGUACCCGGAGGCCCGCUCAUCGCCUCCAUGCGCCCCUACCAGCCUUCCCGCCAACACACACCUCUCCACUCCCCCUCAUCUAAUCCUCACAACCAGGGGGUGUCGCUGUAUCGUGACACCCCAGCGACGGGGGGUGGAGGAGGGAGCGACCCGUCCUCACCUUUCUAUCCGGCGGAAUACCCGGCAUCCAGUCAGAACCGGGUGUCCGUCUACCGCCCCCCCUACCGCGCUCCUUCCCGGGGCUACAACACGCAGACACGCACCGUCAGGAGGCCCACCAACCCUGCAGCAGCCAGGGGAGGAGGAGGAGGGGGCAGAAGGUCCACCAGUAGAGAGGCCUUGCCUGUGAGAAGGUCUUCCUCCAUCCAACCGGGUCAGUUUGGCUACGGGAAGGUGCCCUUCUCUCUGCCCUUGCACCGCCCCAGUCGUCAGGCUCGCCACACUGACAACGGUACGGACGCCAUUUUGGUUCCAUCAACGCCUCAACUCGACGACGGCGAGGAGGAGGAGGAGGACACGGACAGGCCGGCGACCACCACCACUGCCGUGACGGCAACGCCACUAUUACACAGGAAGGCCAGAUUCCCGCCGGAUCCCCACUUCCCGCCUCCCCCCUCCUCAACCGGUCACCGGCGAACGUUCGACUGGCGCUCCGUCACGGCGCCGCCGCCGCCACCUCCCGCUCCUCAACUCCCGCACCGCAACUCGCCCUCCGCCGACGCCUCUCUACCCUACUCCUACCCUCUUCACUCGCAGAGAGAAAGGGCGCCCAACGCGGGCUUUGGUCCUCAAACCCCCCAGCCAGCCAAUGUCUACCCUUUCCAGCACGCCCAUGGACCGCAUCAUGCAGGAGACGCCAGGAGACCGCCGCCGCUCGUCAGAUGCUCGGGGACAGAGAAGGAAUAUCGCAGGUGCUUCUCUCAGGUAUGUGCCGGAGCACCAGUGGACUCCCGCGCCGAGCAGUGCGCCGCCUUCAACAGCAAGGAGUUCAUGGAUCGCCUCUACAACUGGGAGCCUUUCACUGAGGUGGGUCCAGACAAGCAGUGCGAGCUCACCUGCAGACCGGCAGGCUAUCGCUUCUACGUCCGUCAGGCCGAGCAGGUGCGAGACGGGACGCCUUGCUUCAACGUCACCUCCAACGAUGUUUGCGUGGAAGGACGAUGUCUCACCGAGGGCUGCGACGGCACUCUGGGCUCCGGCUCCGUGAUGGACAGAUGUGGGGUCUGCGGUGGGCGGGACUCCUCCUGUCAAAGGGUGACGGGCAGCUUCCAAAAUGUCACGGUUCCCCUUGGAUACCACAAGAUCCUGGACAUCCCGGCCGGAGCCACCUUCAUUAACAUCACAGAGAGACGAGCCAGCCCCAACUACCUGGCCAUGAGGAGUGGAACUGGAGCUUCUGUUGUGAACGGGCGCUGGGCUGUGGACCCUCCGGGGGAAUACCAAGCUGGGGGGACUACCUUCACAUACGCCCGACCGAGGGCGCAGGCGGAGGGGGAGGAAGAGAGAGGAGAGUCCCUGAGGGCCCCGGGACCCACCAGCACUCAGCUCCAGCUCUAUAUCAUUUUCCACCAGCAGAACCCCGGCAUCGACUAUGAGUUCUACGUCCCUGUGGACAAGAAGAAGGAGGCGGAGAGGCCGGCGGACCGGGAGACAGCAAGGGAAGCUUCCAGGGACAAGAUGUGGGAGAGGGAGCCAUCAAGGGCAUCCCUGCGCAGUCCCCUCACCGUGUCAGUAGAUGACCCGCCUCCUGCUCCUCCCCCGGUUUCCGUCCCUUCUUACCCCUCGUCCUCCUCCAUGUUUGUGCCCCCCUCGUCUGAUCAAUGGGCUCCGGAGAGGUCGCGACCCCGGGCCAACGCGCCCAAUAGGAACGCUCGGAUCCCGCCUCGCACCGACCUGCCGCUGGACACCCAGUCGCCUUUCGUGUGGAGGAGAGGCGCCCUCUCAGAGUGCUCUGUGUCCUGUGGCAAAGGUUAUCAAUCUCGGGAGAUUCUGUGCAUCAACCGCCACAACGACGAGGUGGUCCCAGGGAGGAAAUGUGACUCUGCAGCUAAGCCGGUCCCAGAGGAGGAGUCUUGCAACACACACGCAUGUCCACCUUUCUGGGAGGCCAGCGCUUGGUCGGAGUGCAGCGUGUCGUGCGGCGCCGGCAUGCAGCAACGUCAGCUCCAGUGCAGACAGAGCUUUGGCAACCGCUCCACCAUGGUUCAUCCCCAGCGUUGUGCCAAUCUCACGCCGCCAGAGUCUACACAAGCCUGCCAACUCCAGCUGUGCUCACACUGGGAGGUCAGCUCUGAUUGGAGCACGUGCUCAGUGGACUGCGGGCUGGGCAGUAGGACAAGGAGCGUGCGUUGCGUCAGUGAUCAAGGCAGCGUCGUCAGCGAUAAAGAAUGCAACUCCAGGAUCCAGCCGAUGGGGAGCGAGGAGUGCAACAUGGGGCCCUGCGUGACCAACUGGUACUCGUCCGCCUGGUCCAGCACGUGCUCGGCACAAUGUGGUCCAGGCGUGCAGAAGCGGGAGGUGGUGUGUCUGACACGCGGGGGCCUCCGAGAGGGCGAGGGAGGCGGGGCCUGUGUCGGGGACAAACCGGCGGAGAUGAAAGCCUGCAACGGGGGUCCGUGUGUGUCCAUCACCAUGUGGUACAGCAGCCCAUGGACGCAGUGCAACGUGCCGUGUGGAAAUGGAACUCAGCGAAGAGAAGUCAUUUGUGUCCAGAGGAGCGGGAACGAUUUCACGGUGGUCCCGUCUGCGGAAUGUGUUCAGAUGGACAAACCCUCAGCUGUGCAGGAGUGUGAGAUGGGAGCCUGUCAAUCGCAGUGGUUCACUACAGAGUGGAGUGCGUGCUCGCGCUCGUGUGGGAGGGGCCUCCAGAUGAGGGAGGUGCGCUGCCUGACCCCAGACAGGAAGCACGCGCCCAACUGUGACGCCAACGCCAGGCCCGAACAGGAACAAACCUGCAACACCUCGCCUUGCAGCCCACACGUCACAGACGAGAACUGCAGGGACCGCCGGCACAACUGCGUGAUGGUGGUCCAGGCCCGACUCUGCGUCUACUCCUACUACAAGAGCGUGUGCUGCGCCUCCUGCACGCACAGCGCCCAGCGUGCAAAGAGACACUGACCGGGGGGUCAAAGGUCGCGGGGGGGCAGAGUAGAGAGCGCCGGUCUCGCAUUCAGUCAAGGUGUGAACACUUUUGCAGCGUGUCAGGUGAGACCCGACCUCCUUCCACAUCGCUUUGGAGACAGUCCUCCUCACCUCCCGGGAUCUCACACGGUGGAGGCGUGUCACGCACGCCAGGGGGGGGGGGGGGCUCUUGGGGCACUGAACGAUUCCUGGGGUGACGAUUUGAUUCAAAGCGAUUCGUUCAAUGUAUUAUCCCAAUGCUUUUUUGUCCACCAAGUGCAACCUCAAAAAGCACUUUUCUCUCCAAGUACCACCUUAAUGACCAACAUCAAAAUACAGUAGCGUACUGGGCCUAAGUAAUCAUUAAAAAAAAAAGGCAAUUUAAUAUUUUGGCCACAUAUUUUGAACAGUAACACUGUGUUUGAAUAUUUAAAUAAGUGACUCUUUGGCUACCACUAGUUUGAGAAUCACGGUAUUCUUUGGUAUUAUAAUUAUAGUGAAGCUUUUUUGCAAAACAGGUACUGGUUAGAAAAGCUUGUUCUGGUUGCACUGAGAUGCCUAGAAAUGUAUUUGUAAAAAUAGAUUUUUAGCUUAAAUAUAUUUUUUGAAACCGAUGAAUAAGAAUCGCAAUUCAAAUGCACGCCACUCCCUCUGAAACGAGGCACAAAGUGUGCGCGAGGACCUAGCGGACUAGGUCUGCAGUACUGUAGGUUCAGUAUUCCUUCAUUCAGCCACAUUGGCUUGACGCUCGACGACUCUCGAUGUUUGUUUGCCAAAAAAAAAAAAGCUCCCUUUGCCCGUAAGUUGAGUACAGUUUGUUCAAAACCACCAAAGUACAGUACUGUGGUGAGGGUGGCAGGAAGUGACCAAAUAUAGGCAGAAGGAAGCAGGAUGUUAACACACCACACAUGAAUUACAUAGAGUAGUUGGAGUGUGAUGAUAAUUACACUAUUAUAAGUCUACAGCAGGGGUGUCCAAAGUGCGGCCCGAGCUCAUUUUUUUAUCGUCCGGCGGGUACAGAUGGGUAGUGUUCUCAUUAACCGUAGCAAUAUUUAGCGUGUGUUAAUAAAUAUAAAUAGUUUUUGAUAUUAAUAUCACAUUUUUAUUGCAGCAUUUAAAAAUGAGCUGAUGAUGAUAACUCUUGUCCAGUUGUUACAUCUUGUUUUAUUAUCAUUUGCAAGUAUGACAUGAAGUUGUAAAUACAGUUGCAAGUCCAAGACGUUAGAUGGCAGUAAUGUAUAGUUUAUGGUGUGUUUUGUUGUUGCGCCCUACAAAGUGUUAAUACUGAUUGUGACGCCCGUCUUAGUUGUAGUUUUCAUUAACAAAAUGUAAAAAUCGCCAUGUAAAAUCGCUAAUGCUAAUCAAUAGCAAAGCCAAUGAGUAUUAGCAUCAAGUCAGCGGGUGUUUUUUUGGGGGGAAAUGUGGAACUUUACUCACGUUGAGGCAUUUUUUGAAUCCGUUGCUUUGUUGGCAUUGAGAAAUUGCAACAAUUUUGGCUGUGUCCGCUCUCAGUGCUGCUGGAGUGAUCGCCAAGCGCUGUAAGUGUUUUGAUUGUGACGCACAUCUUAGUUGUAGUUUUCAUUAACAAAAUGUAAAAAUCGCCAUGUAAAAUCGCUAAUGCUAAUCAAUAGCAAAGCCAAUGAGUAUUAGCAUCAAGUCAGCGGGUGGGUUUUUUUUUGUAAAUGUGGAACUUUACUCACUUUGAGGCAUUUUUUGAAUCCGUUGCUUUGUUGGCAUUGAGAAAUUGCAACAAUUUUGGCUGAGUCCGCUCUCAGUGCUGCUGGAGUGAUGAUCACCAAGCGCCGCAGUCGGAAAAACGGGUGUGACGUCACGACCCAACCCAAAAAAAAAAAUAACGGAUUUGGAACCCAUCCCUACAAUUGAAAAAUAUUACAAAGGAAAAGCAUAAAGAGUGGAAUAAAAGAGCAAAUGUAACGGGUAAAUGUCGCAGUUUUGACUUUAAUAACACAAAGCUGGUUUUACAUUUAAAACUGGCAUAAAAAUGUAUAAUCUGAUCUGAAGUUGCAAGUAAAAAUCAUAUAUAUUAAUAUAUGACUUAGUUCUAAAACUUUUAUGAUUGAGCUUCUAUCAUGAAGUUGUUCAAAAAUAAUAAUGAAUCAAAAUCAAGGUUAUGAAUUAUUGACCUAUUGAAAGCUCAAAUGACUUCACAUCAAAUAUUACACUUUGGGCAUUGGGGGGGUAUUGGAUAUUUUGUGUUUUCGCCAUAAAAAAACAGGUUUUCUUUAACAAAAAUGGCAUAAACUGGACUGGUAAAAUCACGGCACGAUAACUUAAAAAUAGAGACAACUUCAGAUUCUUUGUUUAAAAAUAGAACAAGCACAUUCUGAAAUUGACCAAAUCAUAAUGUUGUUGUUUUUUUACAUUUACAUGUUGCGGUUAAUAGUAUUCUAUCUUUAUUUGCCUUACAUGAUGUGAUCAUGUUCAUCAGUCAACUCAUUGGUGUUAAUUUUCAAUCUACCAAGAUAAAAUUACAGGAUGUUAUUUGUGUAGUUUGAUCAUUUUCUCGACUGGUGCACUAACGUGUUGUUGUUUUUUUACGUAUGUAACAUCAACAAACAAUUGCUAUUGUGACAUCUAGUGGACAGAUUUAGAACAGCAGUUUCUUUCAUUCAAAAAUUUCGGCUCAUUUUUAUACUUAGCAAACUCAUCCCUUGGGUCCUACGUUUGACACCCCCAGCAUAAACUAUUAAAAAUAAUUCAAGUUUUGUCAACGGUAGAUCUACUGUUGUAGACAUUGUAAUGUUGAAAGUUAAAAGAAAUAAAGAGUACAUGACUUAUAUUUAACUUCAAUGACUCGGACCUUUACAGUCACCUAAAUUGAGGACAGCCCCAAAUGGUUCAAAUAAAUAUUGUAGUCGAUUUGGAAAUGAAAAAUAUAAAAGUUCCAUUUGUCAGUUUUGGACACCCCUGUUCUGUUUCAUGUUCCACCCCUUUAAGGGGAACUGCUCCUUUUUAUUUUUUUGCCUAUCGUUCACAAUUAUAAUGCAACACAAUAGCACAUGUCUUUUUUUUUUUAGGAUUUUAAAGAUGGUAAAAAAAAACGCUUGAUAGAUGUGACUAAUGGAAGUCAGUGUUGUUAUAUUCAUAGCCUCCAUUAAAGUUGUAUACACACACCGCAACUAUAUAUUAUAAUGUAGUAACACACACCUUCAUAACAACAUGUAAAGUAUUUUGAUCUUUUUAAUUAUUUCUUCCGCGCAUUGAUUUCCGUUUCCAUAGCAUCGCACUUCCAACUCCCGGGAACAAUUUGUGUUACUACUUCAGGAAUCAAACAAGCGUGUGUUUUUUAAUCAUGGCAGACUUGCUAACAGACAACAAAAACAACUAUUUUUGGAUAAAUACGUUGGAGCAGACGGAAGCCGAGAGAGGGGGAUGAAAGUGAUUUUGACGUUAUAAAUAUGGAACUUGGAGCCAGGCUAUUUCGAUAUAAAUGGAUUGCGUACCCAAAAUCAACAGGAAACAUCCCCAGCUAGCUGGACCAGACAAACAACUGUCUAUGGCAGGGGUCCCCAAACUACCGGAUCCGGAACGCCAGCGUCCAAAAUCCGGCCCACGUUAAAAAAAAUUAUUAUAAUUUUUUUUUUAAAUGUAUUUAUUUUUUUAAUCCGUCAUUUCGAAUCCAUUUUCUACCACUUGUUACCCUUGGUGUCUCCGAGCUGCUCAUACAAAUCUUAUUGUCUAAUCAAAAUGCAUUUUCCCCAUCGAUAACGUGACAUCAUCGCGCUCGGAAUAUAUAUAUAUAUAUAUAUAUAUAUAUAUACAGCGAUGCCCCCAGACAGAUUUUUUUUUAAGCCAACGCGGAAUUUGACAACCCCUGGUCUAUGGAAUGAGUCACUUUAAGAUCGAUCAUGAUACACGCAGCACGCCACGCUUUGCUUUUUCGACAUAAAUGUAGUGCCUACCCAAAUAAACCGGAAAAUACAUCCCCGGCCAGCUGUACCAAAUAAACAACUGUCUACGGCAGGGGUCCCCAAACUACGAACUAGUACAGAUCCGGCCCGCGUUAAGUCCAAAGUUCAACAUUGUUUUUAUUUUAUUAAUAUAUUUUUUACCUCUUGUUACUCUCUGUGUCUCCGAGCUGCUCUGGCAAAUCGUAUUGUUUAAAAAUGCAUUGUCCCAUUGAUAACAUGACGUCAUCGCGCUUGGAAUAUAUAUAUAUAUAUAUAUAUAUAUAUAUAUAUAUAUAUAUAAUAUAUAUGUGUGUGUGUGUGUGUGUAUAUAUAU